GUUACCAUUGUGAAGACCGCAGCGAGCCUCGAUCAUCGUCAUGUCCGGGAAGUUUCCGCUGCCGCCCAACUUCUUCCGAUGUCCACCGUUGACCCCGGAAGAAAGCAGCUACAUGUCAGACCUUGCGCGCAAGUCGUUUCUGGACCUCGUGCGCCACUCGCGCAUUGAAGGCGGUCCGAUCAAGUGGACGCUCGACUCGGACGAGGGCGGGCUGCAGAUUUACUCGGGGAAAGACCCUACCGCACCCACGGAUAUGCGCGUCCUGUGCUCAACGACCGAAGUCAUGGCGACGAUCGAGGAAGCCGCGGCACUGUUUCGCUUGGAAACCACAGAGUUGUUCCGCGAGUACCUGCGUAUGUUUGCCAAGGAUUUGCUCGACGCCGCGUCGUUGUACACGUUGGCGAUGCCGACGGAACAACGUCCGCGCCAUUACAUCGGCGUCAAAUGGACAUGUGUUGAGUCUCCGUCCAGUUUGAUCAAGAACCGAGACUGGUGCUACUUGGAGUGCCAAGACGAUUUCGAAAUGAAUGGACGGCGGGGGUGGGCGCGCGCCCUGAGCUCCAUCAAGCUCCCAUGCUGCCCCGACCUCCAAAACUCGCUCGGGAUCGUGCGCGCGGCGUUCUACCGCACCGGCUACGUCUUCCUCGAAUCCAAUCGACCGGGAUAUCUCCAGGUGAUCCAUGCGAUUCAAGUCGACUUCAGAGGGAACAUUCCAUCCUGGGUCAUCAAGUUCGGCAUGAAGAGGCGCGCGCGGUCUAUUGGGGAAAUCGACCACCAUUUGCGGGAGAAGCGCCUCGGCGGGGAAAAAUUCCUCGCCGACCACGAUCUCGUGCCCAAACUUGCCCGAUCCAAGUGUUUUCUUUGCCACAAAAAGCACGGCACGUUUACGAAAAAGCACAAUUGUCGGCGUUGUGGCGAGGUGGUGUGCAGCUCGUGCAGCAAGUUUUGGAACGUCAGCAUGAACGGUCACCGUGUGCAUGUGCGCGUAUGCACUGGCUGUUCCAUCGGCGGCAGAACCAUCAAUCAAAAGCUAUCUGUCCGACCCUUGCACGACAAUGCCAGCAUGACCGGCCUCGUCAUGGAGGCCCAGAUCCAACCAUCUGUGACACCGUUCGAUCGCAAAUCGGCGCCAGGACAAGGGAAGCUGCGACGUGGUCGAGAAGACGACUGUGGUGUUGUCUACUCGAACGACGUAUAUAAGCUACCAACCACAACAACCGGGGGGAGAUCGCGUAAACAACCAGAGUCCCUUGCCGUGCAAGUUGGUGCAGAUGAUCAUCACUCAAAUGUACAGCAACACGAGUACAUAUACAGCCAAAGCGUCCAAUUAGCGUAUGCAUCGACGGGGAACUUGAAAGCGUCCACGCCAGAGUACCCGUCGUCGUCCAACCUCGUCGCAGACCAAUCGGUUGGUGAUGGGCCGGCCCAGUACAGUUAUGAAUCAUCCCAUGGGGAUUGUUAUGACGACUACCACCAGCAACAACAGGCAGCAGGGUAUCACGAGGAGUAUUACUACCCUCACGACCAGUAUAAUACCCCAGCGUUCCACCAAAUGUAUCGAUAUGAUGGAGGGUACUACGAACAAGGAGGAGGUGCGUACGGCAAGGCUGGUGGGGAAGGCUAUUAUCCACCAACCCCAGGGAUUCUUCCCCACGACCCCCGAUACGACCACGAUCUGUAUGAUGACGAGGCUGCUGCUGUCCGACGUGAUGGGGAAGAAUUCCCCGCCACUACGUACCACGACCAGGAUGAAUGUCCAGUGCAUGUUCGUCCAUAUCAAGGGGAUGGUUACUAUUCAUACCAAGAUAAGCAACAAGGGCCCCGACAGCAGCAGGACACUCGGUCGACCAAGGCCAAAGCGGAUGCCGACGCCAUGGCGGCGCUGUUCAGGGACAUGGAAUCGAUGGGACUCAAACCGGCGGCGGUGGCUGCCCGAGCCGCAUGAUUACGGUGUCUGGAUACUUGUAAAGCUGCGAUAACGUUAUUGAGUGUUUACUAAUAAUAGUAGCUGG